GCUGAAGUUGGACCUAUCCUGCCCCUGUACAUCCCUCCUUGCAAUGAUUUGCGUUCGGCUCUUCCUUGUCAUCGCCACUGCCGCCGGUGCCAAGCAUGGGGGGGGCUCUAGCUCACAAAAAAGUGGGGAAUGCAGCAAGCGGAAUGAGAACAGAGGGGCAGCAUUCUUGCAGUUCAACAGCCGGGUGAAGCACACGCUAGUUGCCAACCACACGCGCUGUCAGGGGGAUGAUGACAUCCUUUGCCAACCAGAGGUGAAAGAUUGUGCACCCUUCGCUGAGUGGCCCGAUGUGGACGGCGUCACCUGUGGCGGCUGCCGGGCACUUGUCCAGGCUGAUCCCUAUGGAGGCCGAUGCGACAGGUAUUGUUCCAGCUUUGGGCAUCGAUGCACUUCAGCAGCUGAAGAGAUGAAUGAGAACUGCAUUGUCAAAGAGGAGAAGCGUUGCGACGAGGCCAUCUCAGGCACAUCGGACAUUCUCUGCACCUGCGAACGAGGUGAGGGUGGCACUCCGAGCCCUCCGCCCCCGCCGACAACCCCAGCACCCCCGGCACCCCCGGCACCCCCAGCACCCCCAACACCCCCUGCACCCCCUGCACCGCCUGCACCCCCUGCACCGCCGGCACCGCCGGCACCCCCUGCACCUCCGGUGCCCACAGAGUCCAGCUGCUAUGGGGAGCUGCCAGGCUUGGCACAGGAUGAGGGUGCUGCAGUUGAAGACGUUUCCACUUUCUCCCUGUCAGAGUGUCAGCGCAGUUGCAGUGACAAUGCCAACUGCAAAAGCAUCUCUUUCUGCAGGGAGUGGGGUUGCUUUUUGAAGGCUCGCAGUUUUACCGGCUCUGAGCCCACGCGACAGAAAGGAUCAUGCAUCACCUUCUUCAAGAUGCCCUGCGCUGCCACCACCACGGCUCCUGCUGGCACAGGUCGCAGCGGCUACUUCAAGCUUCGGGUGGUCUCGUACAACAUCUACUGGUGGAACGCUUUCGAUCAGAACCCAUGGAAAAGCGAGCAGAUUCUCGCCAACAUCAAAGACAAGCUCUUGCCGGAUGCUAUCGGGCUGCAGGAGUGCGACAACCCUUCCAGGAUUCAGGACUCGACUGGCCUGAUGACAGCCUCGCGCUUCUCCGCUGCCCAAGGCGUCAUGAUGGAUCCAUCCCGGCUCCGGGUGGUCCCUGGCAGUUCGGGCUCGAGGGAUCUGCAGGCCACAGGCAAGUGGGGCCCUAGAUAUGUUACCUAUGUCCAGCUUGCUCACAAGGACACGGGGCGAACUUUCUGGCACUUCAACACUCACUGGUGCGUCCACACCGGCAACGGCAGAACUUGUAAUGAAGGCGUGCGCUACACGGGAGCCCAGAACAUGCUGAACGUUGUCCGUGAGAAGGCUGGUAACGAGCCAGUAGUCGUGACCGGUGACUUCAACGCCAACAUGAAUGAGAGGGGCCCACAGCACUUCUUGCAGAAUGGAUUCAGGCUGGCCGUCAGUGAGUGGGUAGAUGCUAUCUUCUACUCGGAGCAGCACUGGAACCUAGUUGCCCAGGGCAAGGGCAAUGCGGCGCAAAGAGCUAGCAUUUUUGGUGAUGCCACAUUUCUGUGGUGGCAAAUUCAGAUUGCCGCUUCGAAGUUCAAAAAGCACUUGGUGCCGGAUGCUUUGGCCAAGUGUGGAAAGGACACUGUUGCCAUAAAGUUCGAGGAUAAUCAAGCGAAAGGUGCUCCAAACCAGCUGAAGACGGAAUAUGACACGUUGCGGAUCAUCAGCGCCGCCAACGAAAACGUUCAGGGCUUCUCCAAGCCAUUUUGGUUUGGGGUGGAGGGCCGCUUCAGUUGUCUUGCAAUGGAGCUGCUUGGACGGUCCUUAGAGGACCGAAUGCAGCAGUGUGGCAAGAAGCUUACACCGCAAUCUUGCGUCUUGAUUAUCGAUCAGAUCCUCCGGCGCCUAGAGUUUCUUCACUCCCUUGGCCUCAUCCACAGAGACAUCAAGCCGGAAAAUUUCAUGUUUGGAGUCGGACGCAAGGUCCACAUCCUGUAUUUGAUUGACUUCGGCCUUGGUCGAAGGUACUGGCGAGACAAGCAGCAUGCACCUAUGAGGUCACUGCAAAGCCUCACCGGUACGGCUCGGUAUGCUUCCAUCAAUGCCCACAAAGGCAUGGAGCAGAGCCGACGAGAUGAUCUCGAGGCUGUAGGGCACAUGCUCUUCUACUUCCUCCGGGGGUCGUUGCCGUGGUCUGGCCUUGAGGCCAAGUCGCAGGAGGAGAAGUACAGGAAGAUUCGAGAAGUCAAGGAAACCUUCCCAAUCGAGCAGCUUUGUGAAGGACACCCGCAGCAUUUUGCGAAGUACUUGGAGCAAGCUCGGAAUCUGAAGUACACUGAACGACCUGACUACGCCGGAAUGAGGAAGAUGUUCGCAUCGCUCAGGGCGGAGAUCGGCCCCAGCGAGGAUCAUGAUUUCGAAUUCCUGCGAGGUAAAGACACAGGUCCCCUGGAGCCGCUCCAAAUUGAUGAAGCUUGGCAGCAGCGAAGAAAAAAGAAGAUGAAACUUACACCCUUUGUGCUUUAA